GGCCAAUCAGAGCACUCUGGGCUUUUCGGAAGGUGGGGCUUUGUAGAUCCUGGAACUCAAUCAGAGAGUUUCAGACAGACUGGGAAUGGAGGUACUGCAGUAAUGUACAGGAUGUGAAAAUAAUGUUUUUUUUCCAACAUCAAAGCAUUCUAACCUAUUCUAUUAUACCCAAUAAACAAAAUAAUGAACUUUCAAAAUACCAUCAUAUGACCCCUUUAAGUUUGCAAUGGAUAUGGGAAAGUUAAGAGAAGAACUGUAUGAGCACUACUUAAAUAAUUUUAAUUUAUUUUUAAUAAAUAUCUCACAGAUUCUUCAAUGGCUAUGCAAGUUAAGAGAUUAACUAUAUUAUAAACACUACUGCGUUCAACUCUCUUCCCUCCUUUUCCCUGACUCACACACCCUCUCUCUCUCUCCCUCUCUCUCGAGCUCACCUCUAGACCUCUCUCUCUGCACUCUCACACACUCUCUCUCUCUUUACUCUGAGGUUGUGUGGACCACUUUUUCUGUCUGUAUAUGUUCCUGCUGCAAAAGUCUCUCGGAGUAAAGCAGAAAGAAGACGAAAUAGCCAAACAGCACAAAGCAGUGGACUGAUCAACACACCAUCAUCAUGCACAGUUUCAGCUUCUUAUUGGUGCUAGUGUGUCUACAAGUUUGCAUCCCUUUCGCGUUUGCCGCACCAACUCAGUGCCCAAGCCAGUGCCACUGCCAUGGGGACCUGCAACAUGUUAUUUGUGACAACGUCGGACUGAAGAAGAUCCCCCGCAUAUCAGAGGCCACUCGUCUCCUAAAUCUGCAAAGGAACAACUUGGGAAAUCUCCCAACUGGGGGCUUCAGCGAGAUGAAAGGGCUAAUUUCUCUGCACCUACAGCACUGUCAGAUUCGAGAAAUCGCCAGCCAGGCUUUCAAAGGGCUAAAGAAACUCAUCUACCUCUACUUGUCUAAUAAUGAGAUCAGCACCAUCAAACCAGGUGCUUUUGAGGACCUAACCGAACUGACCUAUCUCUAUUUGGAUGGUAACCACAUCACAAGCCUUUCAAAGGGCAUCUUUUCUCCCAUGAUCAACCUGUUUAUCCUGCAGCUUGACAACAACAAGCUUCGAGAGCUGCAGCCUGGAACUUUCACAGGUGCUAAUGAUCUCCGAUGGCUUUAUAUGAGUGGCAACGAGUUGAGCUCCAUACAGCCAGGUUCUCUUGAUGAAGUGGAGAAUCUGGCCAUUCUAACCUUGGACCGUAACCAGCUGUCCACCUACCCUCUUCUGGCUAUGAGCAAGCUGCGUGUCGUGGAGGAACUCAACCUGUCCAAAAACCCUCUCAGCAUCAUCCCUGACCAUGCAUUCCGGAGCUUUGGCCGCUACAUGGAGAAGCUCCAUCUAAAUGACAUGAGUCUGGAGAAGUUCUCCAAUGCUGCCUUUGAGGGAGUGACAGCUCUCAAAUCUCUGCACCUUGAGAACAACAAGCUGAAAUUGCUGCCGAACAGCCUUGAGUUCAGCACCCUCCAGAACAUCACUCUGUUUAACAACCCCUGGAGCUGCACCUGCCAAUUAGCAAAUCUCAAAAAAUGGAUGGACACUAGCCGCCAUCGCCCUGAUGGAGUUUGCGCUUCUCCUGGAAGCCAGAGAGGAAAGCAAAUAAGAGACAGCACUGCUUUCACCCGCUGCAAGGCAAAGACAAAGAGGACCAGGAAGGGAACACGGCUCUGAGAUGGACAGGGAGAAGAGGCCUGUCCAGGUGUCGGGACUUCAAUGUGCAGAAAAGGAACGCAAUGCAGACUGCUACAUUGGGACUGUCCAUUUCCUCUUUCACUCAUUUUUUUGUGUGACAUAAAUGCGCUGACCCAAUUCAUACUAAAUAACAUGAAUAGCAUAAAUAUGUGUUCACAGAUAUUGACAAAUACCCUGAAGGAGCAACUGUGUACAUUUGCAAAGUGAAGGUUUCACAAACAUGUACACCACAAAGGAAAUACGCCCCAGACUCUUAGUAUUUACAGUUAUGGUAAUGUAUACGCUAAUUCAGACAACCAGGUGAUAAAUCCAUUAUCACAGGACUAGUUUCUACACAAUAGUAAAAUCCGAAGUACUAUCAGGAAUACUCUUCUCCUUAAAUUGAGAAUUUAUAGAAUGGAUUUGCAUUGCAUUGAUUAGCAUUUAUUUAGAGACUCUUGACUACAUGUUUGAGGUAAGUUUAAAAUGUUCUGCUAACUGUAUGACAAAGCCUAUAAUUCAUAUUAUUUACAUCAAAAAUAAAAUCAGUCUCUUAUUAGAGGGAUUAUUGUAGAUAUGCACAGGUAAUAAGGCAAACACUUCAAGGUUGUAUAUUGUAUGUUCAUUUUUUCAUAGAAAUGUAGAAGGACAUACAUCAGAGCCAUUCAUGUUUUGCAAGCCUUCUUUGAGCCACUGUAGAAUGAACCUCAUCUAUUCUACCAAUUCUCAUGUUAUGGUCUUUCAUGUCAUACUCAUUAUCAUGGUAGAAGCACUUAAAAUUAUAUAACCACAGAGUUAUAAUCACAACGGAGCUCUUCGUGAGGAUCCCGUUUCAGCAUUGUGAGAUCCUCCUUAGCUUUAUACAUCUCACAACAUCUUGCAAGGAAUUUCUGAGGCUUUGCAAACAUGACAAACCUCUUGACCGAGACUAAAACUGACACAUAUUCAAGAUGUGACAUGACCUGACCUCUUCUUUACAUCUCUGACCAAUGUCAAACACAACACAGGCCAGGAAAACAUGGACUCAUUAUAGCCAUGAAAAAAGUAAAUGAGACCAUCACCAUAUGUAAGGUAUAACACAGUCAUUAUCACAAAAAAAAAAAAAAAAAAAAAAAAAAAUCUAGAUCAGGAUUGUUUGUCAAAAAUACAGAUCAGCCAUUAAAGAUGCUGCAACUGACCAAUCAAAAUCAAGAAAUGACAAGAGUGAUGGUGGUGCCAGAAGAGGAGGAUUUACAAAGAGCGGGUAAAAUGAAAGAUUUUUUUUUGUUUUUUAAAUUUAGACAAAUGGAGGUUCUCCAGUCUAAUGUUAUCAGUUUGUUACUGUGAUGUACUCAUGCUCAAUAAAAGACAUAUAAAGCA